UGUGAGCAGAAGGAAGUGAAAGUAGUUCAAAUUUAAGAAAUCUCAAAAUAUUUAAGCCUUUAAUUAAAAAAGUUUUAAUUAAAACAGUAAAAAAAUGUUAUGCUUUUUCGUGGUCACAAAGUUACUCAUGCUCAAAUUACUGCUGGCCAGCAUAUCCGGCUUGCACGCUUACGAUUUUGGUUAUCAUCCGAGCGCCGAGGAACUCGAUAAUUUCUUACGCGAAACGCAACGUACGUGGACGCGCGAUUUGCUAGCCAACGAGCACCGGCGCGCGUGGAGCGCAAAACCGCAGUUUCGAGAUGUAGCCGAGAAUUUUGUGCCAAAAUACAACUACGACAAAGAGCAGUCACAAACGGCAACGAAGCAGGUGACGUCAUGGCCAGGACAUGUGCAGCGCAUCGGUCGACCACAGCAACAUCGCUAUGAAUCACCCAGUGUGGCUGCGGCAGCGCAUGCGCUGAAGGGGAAUGCUGUUGGUUCGAGCUUGAAUUUUCAUUUGUUCAGCAACGAGCAAAAUGAGGAUGCGGAUGGUGAUGGUGCUGCGGGCGAAGUAAACGCUGCAGACCUGCCAGGAGUGCUAAAGUUUAGUAACUUGCAGCCACAAACAAGGCCGCCUAACUCCAAGCCAUCAAGACCGCAACGUCCUAAUAAGCAAACGCUAAGUAGCGUUAUCGAAAUUGCCACUUCGGCUGAGUCACCAAAGCGGCCAACUCAGGCUAAUCAAAGCUUUGGCGGUUUCUAUAAAAACCAUACCGAGACACAGUUUCCCAUAUAUUUUUCCAACCCAGUCACUGGCAUUAUCUAUGCGAUUACUGAAGUGGGACGCGCGCCGUAUAACAUUAGUAAGCCUACUUCUGCUAACAGCACUAUUUCGCUUUAUGUCUCGAAGGAGCAAUACGAGCGUGACUUAUAUUUGCAACGCAAGCACUACGAACAGAGCUGUCAGUCUGUACAAGUAAAGUAUUUGCCUAAGCGUAAUAGCACAGUCACGAUAGCGCAUACCACAACGCCUCCUCAAAUAAUACGUCUACAAAAGCCGUCGACAUUCAAAUUGCCGAUCGCUAAGUUACCCAGUCAUCUUAGUAAACCGCCACCUGUUACAGUACAAACCGAAUUGACAAUCAGCGAUCAGGUCCAAUUGCCGACGCGCAAGCAUAAACCCAAAGUCAAGCGAAAGAACAAGAAGAAGCCAAAUAGACCCGGAAGAAAGCCAACUGUCACACGUAAUGAGCUGCCGCAAAUAAUCAAAGGUGUGCGUGUAUCAACGCCAAAGCCACAAACAAGCACCGAGAAGCAACAAGUCGCCACCCAACUGGAGAAGCCAAAUUACACGCAAACAGUUUUCAGCAAGAGUCCAAUUGAAUCCACGGAAGCUAUACUGAUGAGUUUGUCAGCGAAAAGCGACCAGUCUGAGGAGCAUCAGGUGCGUAAGCGCUCUGUGACUAAUAUACGCGCUUACAUGGAUCACGCGCAGAAUGUGACGAUAAUCGAUAAGUAUCUUAAGGAUCCGGUAGCUUUGCGUCCAAUUCAUGAAGUGGAAAAGGUGAAAGACAAAAGCGUGGAAGCAAAAAGAGUCACAGCGCGAACAAGAACUGUAAAACGGGCCAGAGUGAGAAAACGUCAAUCGAAGCUAGGGAAUUACACCGAAAUGAAUUCCUUAACCAAUAGUGCAUUCAAUCGCACCAACUGGAAUGUGCUGAAGCAGCACAAAGGAGGAUCUAAUGCAACAAACAGCAGAAAUAAUACAGCCAUAAAGCCAACUUCGACUAAUCACACCGUGAACUACGAUGCGACAACGCAGUUACCGUCAAUAGCGCUCAGCACUUCCCGCAAUAAUGCGCAGAAAAGAAAAACUAAAAGCAAGAAAAGGCGUAAGAAGGAAAAAGUUGAAAAAAGGGGUGAGUUCGACCUCUUCGACUUUGGCGACGAUGAAGACGAAGACGACGAUGAUGAGGAAUCUGCAGAUCGCAACGAUGGCGAAGAUGAUGAAGAGGACGACGACAAUGCUGGUUCCUACGAAGAUGACGAAUGGUCUUACUAUGACUUCGAGCCCACUGGCAGCACGAAAAUGAAAAAACGCAAGCGGCAUAAAAAUCACAAGGAAUCGAAAGAACCUGAGAGCUUCGAAGAAGCAGAAGAUUAUACUGAUGAAACCUCAGAAACAUCUGAAAUAACUAAUCAUCCAGCCAACUCCAUAAUAAUAAAUGAUGGCAGUUCAGCUGAGCCGGGUGCAGACUUUGGAGCAAUCGAGUCGGAGGAAAACAGCCUUACUAGUCCACCAAGUACCACCACCACCACCACGACCACAACCACGACUACGACUACGACUACGAAAAAACCAAGCAUUUACACUAAGGCAGCAAGCAAAAAACGCAUACGCCGACGUCCAACUUCCAGCGAUAGCUCAGCAUCUGAUGAAGACUAUGACUACGAAGACGGUGGUGGUGUUGGCGGUAUUGGUGGAUUUUUUCGUAUGAUCUUCUAUCCUGUGCAAGUGCUAAUGAAUGGUAUGGCAGAUAAUUUUGUCAGUAAAGAAUCUGAUGAGGAACAAUAUUCAUAUCCCACCUACACCACUUAUCACAAUGGCAUACAGCCGAUUGAGAGUAUUGAAGAGGAAGAGGAGGAACAAUCAAAUUCCUUAGCUAGUUGGUUAAGUUCGUGGUUUGGUUUUAAUAGGCGAACGAAGAAUAUUGGUAGCACAACACCUUUGCCGCCGUCGCCAUCGCCUACAGAGCCGCCAAGCUGGCUUGAAUCGUGGUUCGGUUUUGGUAGCCAGGCAACGACAACCGAUAGCAUGCCGGAGGAUGCUAGUGCAAAUGAUAAAUGGUUCUUCGGUUGGUUUGACUCGAAACCGAGACGUCGACGCAAGACUACCACAACUACAACCACAGUGCAUACACCAGCCGCACAAGUACCAAUUUUGACAAUUGUCGAUCCACUAAAAAAUCCACAAAAUUGGAUUGGCAUUUUGGCACAUCACAUCAUUAAUGCCACCGCUUCAACAGUCACGCAAAAUCCAAUUAUGAAUGCAAUAUCACAAGCCACGGUCAAUCCGGAUGUGCCACGUAAAGUAACAUACGAUAGAUAUCAGAUUUGGCGGCUAAAGCCAAUAGACGAUACACAGGUGCACACCUUGGAGGAGUACAAGAAAAGUGAGGAUGGUAUAAAGGUCCAAUGGCUAAAGGGUCCCAGUCUAAGAGGUCUAACGGACGUGCUGGUGCCACCAAAACAAUUGCUAGAUUUCGAAGCCAGCCUUAGCUUUGAAUCGAUUGCGCAUGAGGUGCUUAUUUAUGAUGUCGGCAAAGCAAUUGCCUAUGAGCAGGCACAAGAGCAGUUCCACUUAAAUGCCGUCAUGCAUAAGAAUAAAAAAUACCCGCAGAAGCAUCAGCAGCAAGCACUUACCACCAUGUCAUGGCAUAAAUACUAUGAAUAUGAUGAUAUUAUAACACAUUUGGAAAUGUUACGCAUGCGCCACCCACAACUAAUCGAAUUAAUACACAUUGGACGCUCCUAUGAAGGCCGGCCAUUGGUAGUGGUGAAGAUUGAAUCGAAAGAUCAUGCUGCCAGUGUUGCUAGUCAAACGCAAGUGGCACAGAAAAAGUUGAAGAGCAAAAAGCAGACCAAGGAGGCGAAUUCAGUGUUCAUUGAGUCGGGUACACAUGGCCUCGAAUGGAUUGGACCGGCCACUUCGCUCUGGAUGAUCAGUGAACUGUUGCGGCUGAUUAAAAGCAAUAAGACAACCAUAGACAAUGAAUACAUAAAAAAUACUACCUGGUAUUUUAUGCCCAUUCUCAAUCCGGACGGCUACGUUUAUAGUCACAAGUAUGAUCGUUUCUGGCGAAAAACGCGCUCAAGACAUAUCUCUCGACGCAAUGGAAUCAUCGAUUCAGCAAUGACAUGGCUGCAGCAAAAGAAAAUAGCAACACGCGUUUGCUAUGGCGUGGAUUUGGAUCGUAAUUGGCACUACCAGUGGGGCAAGCGGGGUAGCUCGAAAUCGCCCUGUAAUGAAUUGUAUGCCGGACCAGGACCGUUUUCGGAACCCGAAUCUAAGGCGCUAUCCGAAUUUCUCAUUGAUUAUCGCAAGCAGAUUAAGCUCUACAUUUCAUUGCAACAAUAUGGGCAAAUUAUUUCAUAUCCCUUGAAAGCGAACACUUCAUUCAACGCCGAACGCAUUGAUGACUUUCUCGAUGUGGCAAUGGUGGGAACGGAUGGCUUGCGUAAGCGAGGCAGCAAAUCACGCUAUAAAAUCGACUCAACUAGUGAUCUGGUGGAAAAUCGCUCUGGUUGUUCCGAUGCCUUUGCCGCCUAUGAAGUUGGUAUACCCUUCAGCUUCACUAUUCAACUGGCUGACAAUGGAGUGCAUGGUUACUUGCUGCCCAGCGCAUCUAUAGAGCCAACGGCACGUGACGCUUUUGAAAUAAUAACGGCUAUGAUCGAUUAUAUUUGAUAAGUAAAUUAUUUAGCUUCCUAACGAAUCGCGAUCGAUUAAGAACUGUGUAUAGUAUUUGUUUAAAUUGUAAAUAUUACUCAGUAUUUAUUAAAUAGAUUUAG